ACCACCUCCUGCUGUUUGUCCAUGGCAUCUCCUCCUUUCUCUGUGCUACCCACCCUGUAACCUCUUCUCUACUCCCAGGUCAUUCCCAUCUCCCUUCCCCUUUACCCCUCCACCUGCUAUUCAGUCUGCUGUUCUCUGUGCCUUCCCCCUGUGCCACUCUGCCCUCGUCGCCCUCUGGAGGCACUGUUCUCCCCGUUCCCCACCCCUUCCCCUUCCCUGCUUGCCUCUCCAGGGCAGAGCAGGCGGGUGCUACCGGGGGGAGGCCGCCCGCCCCCCAGCCAGCGCGAGCCGCUGCCUUUCCUGCGGGCGCCCGGGCACGAAAGUGAAAGUGAAAGGGGGGAACCGGAUCGUUGCGGAAGCGCGACCACUCCGAGGCCGCGUCCAGCUGGGAUGGAGCCUGUCGGGGCCCAGAGGGAAGGAGAAGGGGGGAUUCCUCCUCGGGCUACGUCGGGAGCCGCUGGGGCCCUGCCCGGGGGCCGAGAGGAGAGAGAGCCGCUAACAAACACAGCAGCCCCGGGAACCCCGGAAGAUCGCAGCUCGCAGGGCACUGAGUGGGCACCGGGCGCCGGCAGCGAGCCCCAACCUCGCAGCGGGUCGGGAGAGCCGAGUCCUCGGUGUACUCCUGCCAUUGGGAGCCCUUCGUUACCGACUAAUGCAACUUUUUGGACCUGGAAGCUGUCGGAGUGCGGGGAGCAGUUCAGUCGGAUGAAGGAAGCUGUGUCCGGAUUUUUCUCAAGCCAGAAACUCGUUGUUGGAACUGUUGCUAUUGGGAUUUUGGUAUUGGUCCUGGUAAUUUUCCUGAUUGUACAUCUUUUCUCCUAUAAAGAACCUCCCAUCUCCCUGCCCUCUGAGCCAUGCCCUGAGGACUGGCUGUACUUCAAAAGGAAAUGUUAUUACCUCUCAGAAGAGGAGAAGGACUGGGACUCCAGUCAGAGCUUCUGUUCCCUUUAUGAAGCUUCACUUGCUGUGAUUGAAAACCAUCAAGAAAUGCAUUUCCUCACUAAGCGUAUGCACAUGCAAGACUCUUGGAUUGGACUGCGCAAGCGAGAAGAAGGCUUCUACUGGGUCAAUGGCACUCCACUUACAACAGACCUAUUCAAAAUGUGAGCUCUGCCCCAAUGGAUGGGUGCUGCACAGUGGGAGAUGUUACUGUUACUCAGAAAAUCGUGAGACUUGGAACUACAAUAAAGAAUAUUGUUCAGAAAAAAAAUCUGAGCUGCUUGUUAUUGAAGAUGAAACUGAAAUGGUAAAUCUGUAUUGCCUACUGUGGGUCAACUUCUGAUCUCAUUUACAUGGAUAUAAAUCUGAAAAAGAGCAGAAUAUUUCCCUGUAUUAACAGAGGUCAGUUCUAUAAAUAUGCUUAUAUAAUGCAAUAUGAAUGGCUAGUAAGCAAGUGCGCUGAGGGAAAAUAGACCCCUGUAUAUGAAGAAACCUCUUGGCUGUCUGUAUGAAUGAUGUGAUGUGCAUCAGCCUAAAUUUCACAUAAAUAAUAUUUGCAGUAAUUUGUCUUAGUGAUAAACCCCAACAACAAUAGAUAUUUAGUAACUGAUUCAGGGAUUUCUGUCCUUCAAUUUUUGUCCUAAACUUCUGUGCACAACUAAACCACCCCGAAGGCUGCUGCUUUUCACCGGUGGGUGGAGUGAUUCCUCUGCGUACCUUAGGCCUCCUUUGCAGAAGUUUAAGUGUCUGUACAAGGCAGUGGAGAAUCAGGUCCCAUGGGCCAAAUCCUAAACAACAACUUUGUCACUCUUGCAACAAAAAGGGACUAGAAAGCAGCUGGACCUCCCCAAAUGGGGACUUCCCCAACAUUUUUUGGAUCUUCAGUUGACAGAAUUAGUGAAGUGCUCUUCAGCAUCCCGAACCCCUGCAGUCCCCAUUACAAGAAGAAGAAGACCCAUUACCAGCCGGUGUGCUUUAGAACCUGCAGCUGGUCUGAAGUAAGCUAGCAUGGGCUGGGAAGAGCACAGAAUAGACCCCAAGAUCUGCAUCCCAUGCCACUCCCCCCUAGCAGCUGUAACCAGUGAAUCUGGGCACAGCUGCAAAUCUGGCCCCAUGUGCAUAGUUUGAUGGUUUGUAAAACACUUUUCAAUCCUUAGGCAUGAAAAGUGCACAAGCAAAUAUUGUGUUAUUAUUGAACUUUAUUACCACUGGAGUUUUGCAACAUGCCAUUAUUAUUAGGGUGUAAUGAUGUAAUUCUAGCUGUAGGAAUUUAUAAACAAAGGACAAGGAUGCUGUUUUUCUUUGGAUUGGAUUAAAUUAUGAAGAGAAGAAAGGAAGACGGAUAUGGCUUGAUGAUUCCAAACAACAGGGACACAGGUAGAUUAAUUUUCAAAUAAGAACAGUGAACAUUUCCAGACAUUAUAUUGAAAGCUUUUAGGUUUUUGCCUCUGGAGAUGUGAGGUCAGAUUCUCAGCCCCCAACACUUACACUGCUGUAUGAAGGAGCUGUAAACAGGGCAGCUAGGGAUUUUCUUGGCACAAGGGAAUCCCUGCCUGGUGUAGAGCUGGAGGGGAAAAGGGAUCUCCCGAGUAACUUACCCACCUCAAGAACCUUAGAAGCCUUGCAGAGAUGUGAAUUGCCCCAUUCAUUUCUAUGGUGUGUUCUCUUUCCCAGUCCCCAUUGGCUCCCAGCUUCCAAACAAAGAGCCAAUCAGGCCAGCAACUUUCCCCACUCUCCACCCAACAGUGGGUAGGGUCAAAAUAUUUCUCCCCAAUAGAGAGGCAGUAAACAGACCCUGCAUGUCUGACAUGGGCAGAUGAGCUAAUGAGUGGAGAGUGGUACUUCUGCCCAGAGGGUGUGGAGCAGAUCCUGAGGAGCUGCAUGAGUCUACAGCUUUGAUGUGCAACCCUUCUCAAGUUUUAAAAAAUGUUUUCCAUGCCUGUGAUCCCCCUUUACUUUAUGCCCUGCUCACCUGCAGCCCUGGCCAUCACUUUAACUUGCCUCAGUUGCUUGGACAAAUAUAUUCCCCCCUGCCCCCCCAGAUGAUUUAUCCAUACAAGGGCACAUUGAAAACAAAGUAAAGCACACCACAACCUCGAGCCCACUCUUGACAGGUGUAAAUGACUAUACAAGGUGCAAGCAGUGUUGUUGCAUCCGUGCCAGGCUCAGCAUAUGACAAAGACAAGGUAGGUGAGAGAAACAAGGUUUCCAAAACAUGUCUCUCUCAGCAACAGAAGUUGGUCCAAUAAAAGAUAUUACCUCACCCACCUUGUCUCUCCAUAUGAGGUGCAAGACAGUGGAAAGGCAAACCCAAUGCUUGUUUUAUCAUUGAUUCAAAAAGAGCAAUCACAGGUCCUUGUUUUUCUCUCCACCAGGAUAAAUAUUCUACAUAAUUCCAGAGUCAUUUUGCAGUGCUUUGUGUCCCCUCCCAGUACAUUGCAAGCUUGAUCCAUAAUUCAUCUUUCAUACACAAAUUCCAAUAAGCCAAUAUAUUUCCAAAAGGCUGAGAUUUUGUAACAACGAUAAGAAUAGCAACCUGUUUUAUUGAGAGGGGGAAUGUUGGCCAGGAUACUUCAUGAACACCUCUACUCUUUCCAUGGGAUCUUUAAUUUCCAAUUGGAUAGCCACCAGUGAGACACAGAAGGGUUAAAAACCAUAAAGAAUGUGUGAAGUCCAUCAAUAAUGGCAGAUCCUGUGAGAUGUCCCCCUUCUGUGUGACCCAAAGGAAGCCCCAUCUCUGUGGCCUUUGGGGACCUGACCUCCAAGUCUCACUCCCUCUGAAAGUAAGGUGGUACCAAGAAAGCAUCUGUUCUUCUUUGUUUCACUAUUUAUGUUUUAUGGUGUUGUAGAACCAAGUUAUACUUUGAUCUCCCUUAUCUUUGUGUUGGUUUGUUUUUCAGUUUUAAAAUAAAAGGAAGGAAGCAAGGAGAAAAUUGUGCUGCUUAUAAGAUGACUGAAAUGCAUGCUGAUAGCUGCAACUCCUGAUACAAAUGGAUUUGUGAGCAAAGGGCCACUCUGAUGGAGAUCUAAGACAUCCUGGAUGGUAGUGACAAAAUUGGUUUAGCAGGUUUAACAUAAUUUCACAUCAGCUGGGAUAUUCCAUGCAAAAUGAAGGGAACACAACUUGAAUUCUGGUGAAAUUAUACGUAAAAGUGUAUUUAGGCAUCAGACUCUGGUCUCACUCACAGCCACACUUCCUUCCCUGAUGAAUGUGCCAAAUCUGUGAGCCUGACUGUGCUGUCCUUAACUACAAAAGCCCACUCUCUUCCACAGCUGUGAAGAUAACCCAGAUAUUCUGGUUACCAACUUUCUACUGUCUAGCAUACAGUACCUAAUAGUUGUGUAAGCCAUUUGCAAAGCAUAUGCAGUGUACCCUUCUCGCAACUAGACCAUAUGGAGGAUAACAGCCUACCACUGUUGUUAGUUACUUCUUUAGCUCAAAAGGUAAAGAUUUGUGCUGUGAAUCUCAAAAUCCUCUGUUGAAAUCCUUUUGAUGACCUAUGUGUGAGGUCAAUGUCAUUCCAGAUAACAGAAAUUUAGUGUAUUUUAAUGUUUCUGUUAAAAUAUUAAAAUUACAUUCAAAACCCACUACAUUAAAAGUACAUUAAAGUUUCAGAGUCCAUCACUUAAAUGGAAAUGCCAGAAAUUAGGUUACCUUGAAAUUAUGAAAAAAUGUUAAUUAUUUGAUCGCAUAUUCUUUGUUCUCUGGGAUUCCAGACUCUUUUAACGCAUAUGCUAGACAGUAAAUGAGGCAGAGGGUUGUGAAAAGAGAAAGGACUUUCUCCUGUGGUCAAAGCAUGUAACUGGAAGGCAGAAGUGUGGGGUUUUGGCUCUGCUACAGACCUCUUAUAUGAUGAUGAGAAAGACUCUUUCAAAAUACAUAUGCCCCAGUGGGAUAAAUUAAGAUUGCAUGAGCAACUUUAAUUCUGGCAUUGCCCAAUUUUUGAGUGCUAGACUUUGCAACCUUAACAUUUAUUUAAUGUAGUGUUUUAUAUGUAGUUGUAAUUGUUGUAUACAAUAGAAAUUCAUAAAUGCAUUGCAUUUACUUUUCAGUGAAAUUUUAUUGCAUAAUCAUUUAAAUGAGAAAUACUUAUAUAGCAGCAUCCACCCAAACUCUGGAACAUCAGAAGGUCCUUCAUGACAGUUACUGUUAAAUACGCUUUUGCAGAGUCCAGGGAAAACUAUACAUGUAGGAUUCCAGAGCAGUGAAUGGGUGUCAUGUGCCCAUACUAAUGCAUCAGACUAAGUUCAGCUGUCCACCAGCAGAGCAAAUGACGACACAAGAGCAUUAUUAAAUGUACUUAGUAGACAAAUUAAAUGGAAAAAUUAAAAUUUUCUCUAAUCCCACGCAAUUUUACACCUCUUAUGGGUUACUUUUCACAACAUUAAAUAAAAAAAAACUUUAGACAGAAAUGGAUCAAGUUGAAGGUGUCCAGUUAAACAAAGAGUGCAAAGCAGCCAUCUCUCACACAUUUCAGGAGAUACAAGAAGUGUAUAUAUACAGUCUAAUACUUUACAUUUUCACAGGUCAAGACCCCAGUUCAUUCAAUGGAUAGGUUCCCCUUUAGGUGCUUCCAUUGGACUUGAACUGAUCAGACAUCUAGCAAAUGGGAAAGUUGGGUCUAUGGUAAACUGCACACUAUGGCUUUUUUUGCUUAAUGGUACACUCCAGUUUAAGAGACUGUAUGCUUAAAUAAUAACAUUUUG